AUGACUGAACGAGCACCCGCCGCCGACGCACACGUGCAGCAAGUUCUGGAACAUGUCAAUACCACUUCUGAUAAUGGCUCCAUUGCAGCUGAGACGACUCCUUACAAUACGGUUACCAGUUUAGCUACUCUGUCAGGAAGCAGGCUUCCUAGUGCUGCUACAUCAUCGAUUGAACACGGCGAGUCUGGGUCGUCGAAACAUGCGGCGGUCCCAUCGACAGCCAAAGUAGCUACUCAAGGACGCGCCUUGUACCGCAGUGCUGGUAUACAGACACUUCCACCAAGCAAUGCCGAUGGCUUCCGCAAGAUCUAUGAUCGCGAGCCUACAGACCAGGACCUCGUCAGCAAAAUUGGAUCUGCCGCACUUGGUCGCUACAAGCCGGGACUAUCAGCGAACCCGCACGAUGUCGUUCUGUGCACACCAUUCUCCGCUCUAAACGUUUCUGAUAGACGUGCAAGUUAUGUCACCUCCUCGUUCCAGACCAAGGAUGUAGCGCAAUGCAAAAAAGAUCUUCUAAAAGCAAAGGUCAAGGCAUCGCUGUUGGUUAACAAACUGCGCGACGCCGCUCUGUCGGCAGGAUACAAGGUCUGGUCGGAAACAAGGGACGACUACAUCGCACACUCAGAGCAACUCGAUAUCAGUGUUCGAUUUGAUCACCAAGGCAACGCGAUGAACGCGAAUGUUGACGGCCUUUCCCUACCCAACAUCUACGGCGAAGAGAUCGAGCCGCACCCUCCCAAGACUCAUCCUACGCAACUUUUAAAUCGCGGGACUCCAGAGACAGAGGCUGGGGUUGACAUAAACGCAAGAGAGUACACCUUCAGCGCAGCUUCAAGUCUUACGCCACCACCAACGCCGCCCUCACUCAAACUACAAGACGCCAUUACCAAUGGGAGCAUUCCUCAGCGCAUUCGAACUGUCGAACCUUGCAUACCAAGUGAGAAGUCCGAUCCACCUUCCAUUGAAGACUACGGCUACGUUCAACUCGUCCCAAAAGAAGCCAGAAAGCAAUAUGUGGACAGGGACAGUGGUCAAGAACAAAAGCCACAGAAGAGAAUGAGCUCAGAUAUGAGCGAGCAGGAUUUUACGGAGGGUCAAAAAGAGAGGUCCGCCAUCGUUGAAAGCAGUGAGGCGACCGUAAUGGUGUUCGGUGCCGAGAGAUUUGCGGAUGAGUACGUCGUUUACGAUGCCACGACGUGGAAUCCUACGAAAUCAGACAUGUUAUCUAGAUCACCUUCUAAUCUAAGCAAGAAGAGAAAGUCUGUCGACCAAUACGAGCCUGAAGCAAGCAUCGGAUCGCCAAAGCGCUUCAAGUCUUCAGCCGCUCACACCGAUCCUCCACAUUUCAGAACGGCUACUGAGACGGAACUUUUCGCACAGGAAACACGUGACAGUGUCGCACGCAAUGAUGCGGCAAUUGUCAGGAUCAAAUGCGCUCAACGUGAUGAGGCUUCUGGGGUGGCAAAACGGCACCGUGUUCGGACGAUCUCUCCAAAUCGACCACGCGAGGACCAACAUCAUUCCGAAGAUGAUCGUCCCUCACGCUAUUCACGAAAAUAUCAGGAGCCCAGAAGGCGAAGCCGAUCACCCGCUGCUCAACACGAUGGCAAUCGUUAUAGGUCAAGAAGCAGCACCACACAGCCGUUUCAGAGCCCAUUCAAAGAGGGGCGUCAACUCCACACGACGGAGUCGCAGCCGCGUCAGACAGACCCAAGCCAUCAUCUUGCGAACCCUGAAGCGACAGAGCAGAAAGGAACGGAGAAGCAAGCGCAAUGCUCAAGUGACUUGGACAAGGUAGUCCACACACGUAAGAGGGAAGAUGACCGACGAAUGGGGCGAGCGAAGCAGAUCACCGACGAGAAGUUGGCAAACCGCCGUCAACAAGAAGAAGCCGAGAUACAACGAGCGCGCGAAGCGAAGAGCCAGCGGAAAGUUGAGAUCGAAGAGAAGAAGCGAGCUCAAAAGGAAGAGCGUCUACGCCUUGAAGAGGAGAAGGCCAGAAAACGAUGUCGACGCCGUCGCGACGAUUCACAAGAGAGGGGUGACACAGUACGUCCGAUGGUCGUUAGCAAACAAGCUGAACCAGCUGCUCUGGUCGAUGAAUAUGCACUUGCACGCGAGGUUGAGGCGAAACGACGAGAACGUAUGUUUGCAGCACGUUCCACGGGAAAGACUGAGUGUCGGCCGCACGAGCAGUCAGCCACUGCAAAUGAGAGUUCUGGUAGGUCAGAAGCAGAGCCAAAGAAGCCAGAGAAGAAGGUGGAAGAUGACAAGGUAACGAAAUCAAGAGCGAAACCGAGAGCAAGCAGGACUGCCCGCGGGGAAAUUGAACGUUAUGAUCCGAGGAAGAAGUUUGGACGCGGUGGGUAGAGCUUAGUAUUGGUGUUGAGGUAGGUAUAGUGCGGUAGUAUGUGGAUGGUGGAUGGUGUCUGGGAGACGGGCUCACUGGCGAGUCUUUGUCAUUUGGAUUGAUGGGAGUGUGGAGGUAGACAGCCAGUCUUUCGAUAGUAUAAAUACAGAAAACCAUUUCAAAUGCUUACUGGAGAGUAGAUAAAUCCAGUAUAUGGAUCGCAAAGUUGUCUUUUAUAAAGAUAUCUCCACAACGCCCGCACUGCGCCGCAUCUUUCUAGCAAGCCCUCCAUACAGUCUAAGACAUAGCAGCUAAUUCAUACAAUAUACAACACCCACUCAGACGCUGAUACAGUGACAAGCUAUGUGCUCGUGACUCCCACUAGUCUGUUCAUAAGUUCUUGUUCCCCUUUCACCUCCAUUCACUUCGACUUCUACACCGCUUCACUGCCGCGGGUCACGCAGUGUCCAGGGAGCUAGAGACCCACACUAGCAAUACGUG